UGUCGAUGUGACAUUGGUACGAUAAUGCCAUUAAUUUUACAUACUGCCGUUUUCAUGAUAUGAAAAUAUUGACCCUCCACUGGUGAUCGCCUCCACUGGCGAUUUAAUUAUUGAGAAAAAAAAUUGCGUUGCCACAGGACUAAUUUAUAUCUUAAAAGGACAACUCACGGAAGUCUCAGUAUUUAUAUGUAAUUUCAUUGCAAUUAAUACUGCAGUUUUAUUUCUUUGAAAAUAGAAACAAUGUUUUUAUUGCUGAUUGUUCUGUUGUUGCUAUCGUGCAGUUCUGGAGAAUUAAAUCAGUUUAAUUGUAUAGAGGUUAUUCCAGGAAGAUUAUUUAAUGACGAUAUUGUUUUCUCCAAAGAUGAAAGCUCUUAUACAGAUUGCAUUGCAUUCUGUAUGGAUCAUGAUGAAAUUUGGCUGAGUGCGUCAUUACAAAAAAACAACUGUAACUGCCAUAACAAACAUUUCAUAGCCACUGACGGAAGUACAGAUUCUUCAUCCACCUAUUUUAAACUAGACAAGAGAACUAAUAGUCAUAACUGUUAUGACAUCUACAGUUGUUACUCCAAAGGAAACGGUGUAUAUAAUGUUUCACUAGACGGUACGAAGGACGACUUCCAUAUUUACUGUGAUAUGGAUAACGGGGGCUGGUCUGUAAUACAGCGCCGGUUUGACGGUUCCUUAAGUUUUGAGAAGAGUUACGUGGAAUACCAAGAAGGUUUUGGCGAUGUUGAUGGUGAAUACUGGUUGGGUCUGGACAAUAUGCAUACACUUGUAAGUUCUGGUGACUUUGAAGUUAGAUUUGACCUUGAGGAUUGGGAAGGAAAUACUGGUUAUGCGGUUUAUAGUUAUUUCUCAUUGGCAGACAAAAAUAGCACAUAUCAAUUAAAUAUAAGUGGUUAUACUGGUGAUGUGGGAGAUGCAGCUCGCUAUCAUGAUGGUAUGUUGUUUUCUGCUGGUACUAUUGAUAAUGAUUAUUGGCCUACAAAAUGUGUCGAUCGAUUUGGCGGUGGAGGUUUCUGGUACAACAAAUGUCACCAUAUGAAUAUCAAUGGAGAGUACAACAACACAGCGGAUGGAAGAGGAAUAAACUGGGGACAGUGGCGUGGUUAUCAUUAUUCCUUAAAAUCUGUAAGCAUGAAGGUCAGACCUAAACAGAAUUAACAGUAAGAAAGAGAUCAACUAUUUCGUGGUCGAUUUUCAAAAUAAAAAGUGAAAGUAAGGAAAUCUAUGAAAACAAUUGUAUUAUGAAUGGCUGUCAAUUUUCAAAUUUAUCUGUGAUC